AUGACACGCCGUGCCACCAAUAUGUUUGUGUGUAUUACAUUAGAUUUAUUCGACUGGGUCACGCACACAGGCGCAAAGCUACCCCGAAGGGUGUUUGGGUGUGGGGGCGACACCACUACAGGGGCAAGCUGCCACCGCCCGACAGAUGGCCACGCACACACACUCACCCCGGGAAAGGGAAAGCUACAUUGUGUAAACAAAUCGCGGGAGCGCGUGCUAUCCCUCUCGACUACAAAGCCAGUGUGUGUCCCGCGACUGUGUGCUGUCGACACGACCGAGUAG